AUGCACGCGGCACCCUUCGGCCAGAAUAUCAAAGAAUUACCUUCUGAGCUCUGGAUACAUAUCUUCGCACUCGCCACACACGUUCCGAAGAUGAUGGAUGUUAGUCCAGACGACCCUCUCCGUGCCAAUACGCCCAUGAGUCCACAUGGCAACUAUAGUCAUUCCUCCUUCCUAUCCGCACGGAAAUCCAAUCUCUCCUUAGCCCUCGUUUGCAAGCAUUGGUACAACCAUGCUAUGCCAGUACUAUUUGGCAUGCUUAAUGCGAAGCCAGGGUUUACUUUGCGUACCCUCCGAGACACCAUCGUGGAAUCACAGCGAAGAGCCGAUGCGAGCGGCCCUCAAGUGCGCUCUUUGGGAAGCUUCACACGGCGCCUCGAGCUUCGCCAGGGUGAAGGAGGAAUUUACUACGAUAACGACGACUUUCGCUGUCUUGCAGAUAUGCUUCGUUACCUGCCCAACCUCCAUAUCAUUGCACUCGAACUCCACAGGAAGGAGGUUCAAUUACCCAACUUCGUCAUCGAAACCUUGCUACAGACAUCCGGUCAUUCUCUUCGCCGAGUCUAUAUCAACCCGAAGUCGAAAAUUCGCCUCCUACCGAACCAGUAUGAGUCUAUCAUAGCGAGAUGCCCUCAAAUCCGUGCUGUCUACCGAGGAGGCAUCGAAGAAUCGAUGUGCGCCGUUGACCUCCUUCAAGCCUCCAACUUAUCCUUUGUCGACGUCACGACGACUCCCUGCACGUUAACCCAUUCCAACUUCGGUCACCAUUCCUGUUCUUCCACUCAAUCCGCGCUCUUCAAUGAAUGCACUAUAGCAUCUCCUGCAGGCAUUCGCUCAAUCCAGCAUUUUGUCGCCGUCCAGGGCCGACACCUCCGCGCAAUAUUCAUGGACAUCGGCGUGACCGCAUUACCUGGUGGCAUCCAGGGCGCGCUGAACCUCGUCGAAGAGCAUUGCCCCCAUCUUGAGCACCUCAUUCUUAUCAUCAAGGGAUGGGAUGAUCUUCUAGCAGCACCGCUUCGCAUCCCUCCCGUACACCGCCUGGGUCUGUUCUACGAUGAAUCGUACGGCAGCUCAGGACUGGGUGGCUUCUCGGAUCUGUUCGAGUGGUUCGCGGGAUGCGAGGUACCAUCGUCGACGAGCGCCGUGCGCUUGCUUGGGGAAACGCAGGUCAAGAAAUUACGUGCGUUGUUGGCAGCGGGCUACAAUCCUGGAAUUGAUCGGUUGUCGAAUCGGUCGUAUAGGCUGGAGGAUUACGAGGGGAAUCUGUUUGUUGUUCACGAUCAGUAA